AUGCGGCUACUGGCCGAUUGUGUACAGGAAGACACGAAAAUAGUGACAGCUUUCCACUUCGUUGGCGUUUUCAAAGGACGGCAUUUCGAAUCGUACAUUGAGAACCUCGGACACGAUGCUUGGAUGAUAUCGAUGCUUUCGAGUGGGCAGACCUCUCGCGUGCUGCAGGUGGCUGACCGUCUCUCUCGAAUUCCCAUGGUUCCACCUAUUGAGAGUCUUAAACAAAUAGGGAUGAUCUUAGCAGAUGGCGAGGAGCAGAACCGAAUAGUCUUAGAGAGAUACCUAUUGUCGGCACGAGGUCGGUUGCACUCAGAUCUUAUUUCGUCCUAUUUGUCUUUGUUGGAGGUGGACGAAGAGGUCGCACGUCUUGGAGCUAUUCGAGCGCUCUCGAUUCUUGGUGUGAGUCAAUUCUCUCCUUAUUUUUUGCUUCAUUCAUAG